AUGGCUACUGACAGCCGGCAUAACGCAGAAACUGAUCCCCAAACUUACGAAGAAUAUAAGUCAAAGUGGUCAGAACUUCCAACUGAUGAGGCCGGUUGGAUCGACAGAGCAAAGAAAGUUUCUGAUGUUUUAGCAAAAGAUGCGUCCGCGCGUGAAAAGGCCAACAAGACACCACGCGCCGAAGUGGCUCUCUUGAAGCAUUCUGGCCUUCUGAAGAUUUUAGGCCCCAAGAAAUACGGAGGUGGCGAGCAACCAUGGAGUGUGGGCUAUAAGGUCAUACGCGAAGUGGCAAAAGGAGAUGGAAUACCAAGCUCCUUAGGAAUGCUUCUAGGAUACCAUCUUCUUUGGUCAACGACAGCGAACGUUGUGGGGAGCCCUGAGCAAGCUGAUCGUAUCCAAGAGUUGAUUAUUACCAACAACUAUUUUAUCGGUGGUGCUGUGAAUCCCCGCGAUAGUGAUCUUAAAAUCACGGCUGAGGGUGACAAUAUCGUGUUCAAUGGCUUCAAAUUCUUCAACACUGGGGGCGUCGUUUCGGACCUCACUGUUCUAGAGGGUGCUUAUGAGGAUACUUCGGAUCACAUUUUCGCCUUCGUCAAGACAGAGCAGCCUGGCAUCAAGUUUUCUUAUGAUUGGGACAACGUUGGCCUGCGUCUCACAGAGUCAGGCAGCGUGAAAAUCGAGAACAUUGUUGUGCCUUGGAAGGAUGCUCUUGGUUGGGACACUAGUAAGAAAAAGCCAGAUCCCGCAAUUUUGGGAAUACCUUUUGCCUCCCUUCUUCUACCCACUAUUCAGUUAGUCUUCAGCAACUUUUACAUUGGUAUUGCAUGGGGUGCUCUCCACGAAGGCUCAGCAUAUACAAAUAAGUCUACCAGAGCCUGGCCAUUUGGCGGCGAUAACAAAGACAAACCGCAAGAUGAAUUCUACAUUCUCGCGACAUACGGCAACUUCCUUGCUCACUUGAGGGCCGCUACGGCAGUGGCCGAUCAGGCUGCUCAGGAGAUUGUUGCGCUUUAUGAACACUCUGGAAGUGUAGAGGAACGGGCAAAGGUAACAGCAACGGCGCGUGGCGAGGCUGCUGAGUGGGUGGCCAGUGUUAAGGUCGUGGCUACGGAUACGGGUCUACGCGUAACAUCGGGGAUCUUCGAGCUUACAGGGUCCAAGUCUACCCAAAGUAAGAUUGGGCUUGACCGUUUUUGGCGAGACGUCCGAACUCAUUCUCUCCAUGACCCCGUUGCCUACAAAAAUAGGGAACUUGGUCGCUAUCAACUCCUUGGAGAAAUUCCGGAGCCUACGUGGUACACAUGA